AUGUCUGAAUCUCCGUCGCCCUCACCAUCAUGGAAUAUCGCCGCAAUGGCAGAAAGCGCCGUCCAAUAUCUGCGACUGCCGGUGCUAGCCUCGUCCGGCUUGGCUGUGGUUGCCAGCGGCUUGUUGUAUUUCAAGCAAAAUGAACUCAUAUACCCGCGCAAUGUGCCGGCGGACGCGCGCACCAACAUCCCCAAGCCUACCCAAUUCGGAAUCACCGACUUCGAAGAUCUUAUGAUUCCUACCCCGGACGGCGAGUCGCUGAAUGCUCUCUUCAUCCGUCCGUCGAACAAACGCCUGGCUCGCGACCUGACGAUCUUGAUGUUCCACGGCAACGCGGGGAACAUUGGGCAUCGGAUCCCCAUCGCCAAAGUGCUGGUCGAGACGGUGGGUUGCAACGUUCUGAUGCUCGAAUACCGCGGGUAUGGCUUGUCGACGGGAGUACCCAAUGAAACAGGCCUGAAGAUCGACGCCCAGACGGCCCUCGAUUAUAUCCGCCAACGGCCCGAGACGAAGAGAACCAAGAUUCUGGUGUAUGGACAGAGUCUCGGCGGGGCGGUAGCCAUCAACUUGGUGGCAAACAACCAGGAGCAGGGAGAUAUAGCGGGUCUCAUCCUGGAGAACACCUUUCUGUGCAUUCGGAAAAUGAUCCCAGCUGUCUUUCCCCCUGCCCGCUUUCUGGCACGCCUGUGUCACCAAUACUGGCCCAGCGAAGAUAUUCUACCCAAGAUUACCGAAGUUCCGAUACUGUUUCUCAGUGGGUUGAAAGACGAGAUUGUGCCUCCGUCUCACAUGAGCGAACUGUACGCUCUAUGUAAAUCUCCGCAAAAGGUGUGGCGCGAGCUCCCGAACGGGGGACACAACGACAGCGUCGCUGAGCCGGGCUAUUUCGAGCACAUCCACUCCUUUGUCAUGGAGCAUUGUAUCGACUAG